AUGGACUACGAGCCUUACGAUAGCAGUGGAACAGACGAUGAUCUCCCUCCAACACACCAAAACAGAAUUCAAAGAGGUGGCCGCAUUGCGGGGAAUGGAAGACCUGCUGUUAGGAAUUCUGUUCCACAUCAUAGGAUAUAUGGUGAAAGUGAUAUGGAAGCCCAAAUUCACCAGCUUGAGCAAGAGGCAUACAGUUCAGUUCUAAGAGCCUUUAAAGCGCAAGCUGAUGCGAUUACUUGGGAGAAAGAAAGUUUAAUAACUGAACUUAGGAAAGAGUUAAGACUGUCUAAUGAAGAACACAGGGAGCUCCUUGGCAGGGUUAAUGCCGAUGACGUAAUACAAAGAAUAAGAGAAUGGAGACAGUCAGGUGGGCUUCAACCAGGCAUGCUUGGUACUAGCCAUGAUCCAGUGCCCAGUCCUUCAGUCUCAGUUUCUCGUAUAAAGCAGAAUAUAGCCCCUUCAUUACCUUCACAAUCCUUUGGUGGGCCAUCUCCUCCUUUCCACUCACAGGCAAUGGCCUCUGCAAACCACCCAUCUUCAUCUGCAAAGCGUGGACCGAAUAUGGGAGCCAAGGGCAGAAAACAUAAAUCUGGUCAGAUGCCCCCAGGUGCAUCUUCGAUAAAAAGGCAGUAUCCUGUGUUGGGUCCAACUGGAAGAGGUCAAUUUGGCAAUCAUAUUUCUUCUGGUGGUCUUACAUAUGAGCCUGCUGAAGCAGCUUCAUAUGAUACAUUAGUUGGAAGGAAAGUGAGGACCAGAUGGCCUGAUGACAAUAACUUCUACGAAGCUGUUAUCACUAACUACAAGCCGGAUGAGGGUCUGCAUGUUCUUGUUUAUGAUAUAGGUACUGCAAACGAAACGUGGGAAUGGGUCAACCUUGCUGAUAUUUCUCCUGAGGAUAUCCAAUGGGUAGGAGAAGACCCAGGAAUUUCCCGGCACGGAGGAUAUGGUGGAACAGGCAAUGGUAUGAAUCGACCUCUGGGACGUGACAGAGCUCCUGGUUCCGGAAGAGGCAGGGGACUCAACAAAGUUCAAUCUAGGAAGGAGUUUCUAUUAUCCCAGAAUGGCAUUGGUAAGAAGGGAUCCGAUGACAUGCUUCAAUUGCUUAACACCGACGUUCUAAUCAGGGAGGUGGAGAGGGUUUUGGAGGCUGGUAAUCCUGACCCAGUGGAUAUAGAGAAGGCAAAGACAGUGCUGAAGGAGCAUGAACAAGCACUAGCUGAUACCCUGGAGAGGCUAGAUGAUCUAUCUGAUGGUGAAAGUGAUGAGGGUGGCCAUUUCUCGCACAGGCAAUCAAUGGAAUGA